GACGCAGAAAGUGCUGUGAUUGGCUGAGGCGGUUGUUUUUUUUCUCUGUGAAACUCGUUUCGUUCUCAGCUUUUCUCCUCAUCGAAACUCGGGACAGUUGUAUUAUUAGCAGGUUCCCCUGUCAGAGCGGGGUCAGCGGAGGCUUCCUGUGGCCUUUAUACUCACUUAACUGAGAACUCCCCCUAAAACUGUCCAAGCCGGCUGGAUCUUUACCUGGUUUACCUGGAGAAGGGCUGAGCGCGCGGGACUGAGCUCUCCUGUAGGGCGGGGAUGAUGCGGUGUGCUCGGUUUCGCUGGGCUGUUUUCCUGGUGUUGGCAGGUCUCUGGACAGGUGAAGCACAAGUAUGUGGUCGUCCGCCUCUACUGCCCAGGAUCGUUGGAGGAUUUGAUGCUGCAGAAGGUCACUGGCCGUGGCAGGUGGACAUCCAGAAAUCUUCUCAUGUUUGUGGAGGAACACUCAUCGCCGCAGACUGGGUUCUGUCUGCAGCUCACUGUUUCCCAAAUCCGUCCGACACAUCUUCCUACAAGAUCUACGCCGGUCGGCUGACCCAGAGCGGCUGGAACCCAUACGAAUCAGCCCAUGAUAUCAGACAGAUAUUGGUCCCGUAUGGCUACACAGACCCGCAGCUUGGCCAGGAUAUCGCUCUGGUGCAGCUGGCCACGCCAGUCGUCUGGUCUGACCACAUCCAGCCCAUCUGCGUGCCAGACUCGGACGUGCAGUUCGCCGCAGGCACGAUGUGCACCAUCACCGGCUGGGGCGACAUCAGAGACGGAGUCUCUCUGCAGGGGGUGGGGACGCUGCAGCAGGUGCAAGUGCCAAUCAUCGAUCAAUCUGCCUGUCAGGAAAUGUUUCAGACCCAACCCACUGAGGAAGUUAACAUCCGCUAUGACAUGCUCUGUGCUGGCUUCAAGGAGGGGGGCAAAGACUCCUGCCAGGGAGAUUCUGGUGGUCCACUGGUGUGUCUGUCGUCGAAUGGCACUUGGCUCCAGGCUGGCAUUGUUAGUUUCGGUCUGGGCUGCGCUCAGCCCAACCGGCCAGGGGUCUACGCCAGGGUGUCUGCGUUUUCCACCUUCAUCCAGACCAACGUAAAGGGACUCCGACUCUACAGUGGAACGGGACAGAACUGGGCUGGCUGGGUUAUAAUGCUGACCAGGACUAUACUCGCACUGACCAUGGCACAGCUACUGAGAUAAAUUCACCUUGCAUAAUACCAAAAGAAGGAAAAAUGAAUAAAGCUCAGGGCAGCCAGAUAUGAAGAGGUAAUGCAAACUGUGAUUAUUGUUCAUUUUUUUACUUUGUCUUUGCGUCCACUGGAUAAAUUUCUCAUGACUAGCGUAGUUUGUCUGAUAAACAUUAGAGAACAGUAAUGAAUUUAGUCACAACUGAUAUGAUGUCUGCACAUUUUAAACUGUACAUUAUGGAAAGUCAAGGAACUUAAAUUGACACCACUAUAAGGAAAAUUAUCUAGCAGUUUAAGAACAAUAUGGGAUCAAAUAUUUAUUAAAAAAAAUAUAUCCAUGUAUUUUGAAUGUAACUGGCUUUUUUACAAUGUUUUAAAUCAGUUGUUGUAAAUAAAGUCUUAUAAAGUGAAA